AUGGGACAGGACUUUGUGUCCAAAAACGAUCAGUCCCUGGACUGCCACCCCAAGGUUGAGCGUGCUGAGGCCGAAAAGGCCAAAGACCGGUUGAAGAACCGUGAGCCAAUCUACCCGUCAAAGGGCGUGUUUCAGCCUCCCAUCGCCCACAAGGCAACUUUGGGGGACAAAGCCGCUCACAGCCAUGACAGCGUUCAGCUGUGCCCCAAGAUCCUCCCUGUUGAUAGGCAGGAGUUCAGAGGCUGCAAGAGGCGUGAAAUGGACCUACCGACUAAACGUUGGAACAAAGACGUCUACCUUGACUCCUUCCCAGAAGGAGGUGCUUGUGAUGUACGAAACAUCCAGGAAGCUGCCGCUAUUGUUGUCCCACAGGGAUAUAUUGUCGAGGCCAUACAAGGACAGCUGAAGAUGGUGUCUGGAAUAUGGAUGCGUGAGAUCGAGUCUGCGUUGUUGCAUGUGACAUUGUUCUGUGCAAGUGCCUGGACGUGUUUGGGCAUUUCGGUGAAAUGGUAUGGGCAAGGGAACUAG